UUUGUCAGAGGCCUGUCAAUGUGUAGAAUUCUACCAUUACAUUCGCGAAAAUGAUCGGGAAAAUCUUCUUGUUAACAGCAUGCUGCUGUGCAUCCCUACUGUCUGUGUCUGCUUCUGAGGAAUCACAGGACACCUUGUCGACCACACUUCAUGAUGAAAUGAAGCAGGUGGCUAAUUAUGUUAAAUUUUUAACUAAUGAUGAAAAUAAAGAAUCUUUAGAAGAAAAGUUCAAGGAAGUCGAUAUGCCUUCGGAUUGUUCUCGUGAUGCUCUUAAAGCUUUAAAAGACAUUUUAGUUGUUCUUAAAGAAGAAAUUCCAUUUGAAACAUCCUUAUUUGAUAACGAGGUACUUAGAGAAUUAGAAAUUCAGGACCAAGAUCAGAUUUUCAAAUCUCUUCUUGAAAGAGUACCCUUAAUAAAAACAAUGCUUACUGAAUUUAAUGCUUUCCUCAAUGACAACCCUCAACGUUUGUUGGCGGAUAAAAACGGAGAAGUGACUAAAUAUUACAAAAAGCAUAUAUCCGCAAAGGAUGCUAACGUAAAGGAUUACACCUUUUUGGUCAAAUUUUGCAAUGAUUAUUUAGACAGUGAAUCCCCAUUCAUGAAAAUGUACAAGGCUUUCAAUACAUAUGAAGAACUCUUGAAAAAGAUGCCAUCAAAAACGCCUUCCCCUACUUCGUCCCCGCAAGCAACUCCUGGAGCCAAACCAGCUGCACCGAACACAUCUGAAUCUGCAGGUGGACAACCCCAACAAGAAACCCCCGAAAACCGACCAUCCCAGGCUCCAUCUCCUCAAAGCCCACCUCAAACUGAGCAAUCUACAAGUAACCUCAAUGGCCCAUCCAAGUCUGCAUCAUUCACCUUUGGCGGAUUGACUGUGGCCACUCUCUGCUACUUCGUUCUCUCUGCAUUUUAAUAACUAAUGGUAGUGACACAAUAGUUUUGUAAACUCAUGU